UCCUCCUCCCCCCUCCUCCUCCUCGUCCUCCUCCUCCCUUCCCUCACCGAGGGGUCCCGCGCCAGCGGAAGGGAGGCUUCGGCAUCUCUCCCCGCUUCCCCGCGACCCCUCGUGCAAGCGGCGCGCCAGGCGCAUAUUUCGGGCAGGAGGGGAGGAUGACGACGAAGGCAGAGUGUCGGAGGCCUGGAAAUUGGCACCAACACCAAGACAGGGGGUUGCCUCCACAGGGGGAAGGUGUCCUAGAUUUUCGGUGUUGGUGGUAAUAGUUCGGCCACCUUGGAAGCCAGAAUAUUACCACCAUCGCCGAGAUCGGGAUCUUAUUCCCUCGGUGGAGGCAAACCGCCGAAAUUGGUGAUGGUGUCAAUCUCUAGGCCUGCGAGAGUGCCCUGGUCCUUUCUGUCUGUCGGUUGAGCAGGCUCUCCAGUCUUCUCGGGCGAGGAGGCACGCGUGCGUAUCAGUGGUCGGGCUGCGGAAGGGGAAAGUCAAAGAGGGGCCCACCGUGGGAGAGCAAGAUGCUAGGAAUCGCUGGCGGUGUUCUGCUGAUCGCUCAUAUCGUCCACGCUCCUCAGGUCAGGAUGAGCCACACGGGCCACCGCUUCGCCGCAAGCGCUGGCAUGGCUAUCGUGCCCGGUUCCGACAAGUCGGUCGGCUGCAUCAGGGUGUUCGAGCUCGUCGAUGGAGAGUGGCACCAGAUGGGCACAGACGACAUGAUCUCUGGAGCGUCGUUCGACAUGUGGACCCAGUUUGGGUAUACGGUGGCCAUGAACAGCGCGGGAAAUGUCGUAUCGACUCUCUCUGGCCUGUUUGGGCUUGCCCGGGUGUGGCGCUUCAAGCACGCCACAGGGCCCGAGGAUGGCAUCUGGGAGCAGAUGGGGAACGACAUCCAGGCAAGGGGAAGCUUGGCGCUGAGCGCUGACGGGACGCGAUUAGUGUCGCAGGCGGGCUACGCGGCCACGGUCUACGACUACGACGGGGCCCAGUGGAACAUGGCCGGGUCGCCGGUGCCCGUGUGGGGGACGGCGGUGACCAUGUCUGCGGACGGGCAGCACAUGGCCGUGGGGAAUUCGGGCGCGCCUUUCGCUGGGCCCGGAAGUGCGACGGUGUUUGACCUCAGCGCAGUUCAGCCAACCAUCGCGGCGGAAGACGUGCCCUCCGAGGAGUUGCCCACAGACGCCCCGACAGCGGAUCCCACAGAAGCUCCCACAGAAGCUCCCACGGAGGCUCCGACGGCGGCUCCGACGGCGGCUCCGACAGAAGCUCCGACGGAAGCUCCGACAGCGGCUCCAACAGAAGCUCCGACGGAAGCUCCGACGGAAGCUCCAACGGAGGCUCCCACGGCGGCUCCGACAGAAGCUCCCACAGAAGCUCCCACAGAAGCUCCCACAGAAGCUCCGACAGCGGCUCCAACAGCGGCUCCCACCGAAGCUCCGACGGAAGCUCCCACCGAAGCUCCCACGGCAGCUCCGACAGAGGCUCCCACGGCAGCUCCGACAGAAGCUCCCACGGAAGCUCCGACAGCGGCUCCCACAGAAGCUCCGACGGAAGCUCCGACGGAAGCUCCGACGGCGGCUCCCACAGAAGCUCCGACGGCAGCUCCCACAGGAGCUCCGACAGCGGCUCCCACAGAAGCUCCGACGGAAGCUCCGACGGAAGCUCCCACCGAAGCUCCGACGGAAGCUCCCACCGAAGCUCCGACGGAAGCUCCGACGGAAGCUCCGACUGCGGCUCCCACGGCAGCUCCGACGGCGGCUCCCACAGAAGCUCCGACGGCAGCUCCCACAGAAGCUCCGACAGCGGCUCCCACCGAAGCUCCCACCGAAGCUCCCACGGAAGCUCCCACAGAAGCUCCCACCGAAGCUCCCACGGCAGCUCCGACAGAGGCUCCCACGGCAGCUCCGACAGAAGCUCCCACGGCGGCCCCGACAGCGGCUCCUACAGAAGCUCCCACGCCGAUUCCUGCCGAACCGCCGCUGCCAGUUGUCACUCCGUUCCCCACGCCGGCUCCCACGCUGCCUCCUACGGGGGCUCCCACAGCUGCCCCGACGCGGCACCCCACGCGGGCUCCGACGCGGCACCCCACCAGGCACCCCACGCCAGCCCCGACGCGGCACCCCACGCGGGCCCCGACGCGGCACCCUACCAGGCACCCCACGCCUGCGCCCACGUUGGCGCCCACGCCGGCGCCCACGCCGGCGCCCACGCCCGCGCCCACGCCCGCGCCCACGCCGGAGCCCACACCAGAGCCGACAGAGGCUCCCACGCCAGCGCCCACUCCAGAGCCCACGCCGGAGCCCACGGAGGCUCCCACGCCAUCGCCCACGCCGGAGCCCACGAAGGCGCCCACGGAGAUGCCCCUGCCGGUCCUCACUCCGGUCCCCACCGCACCGCCGCCGACACCGGCUCCCGAUCGGACACAUGGGCCCACCCCUGCGCCGUUCACGGGCGAGAUGUCGGACUGCAAGGAGGGUCGGGACGUGUGGAACGCCGGCUACGGCCAGUGCGCCGGUUAUGCGCCAGGCACGCCGAACUAUGCGUUCUGCGGGCGGGACAAAGACAUCACCAUGAAUCUCACAGGGAGCCAGGUGUGCAGCGAGUGCGGAGCGUGCGUGGAUCCGACAUCCGCGCCCGCCGCAGGGACAGACGUGCCGCCAGACGGAACGCCUGCGGCUCAGGCAGCAAACACAACGAAAAUCGUGUUAGUGCUGUCAGCAGGGCCAGGAAGCUCGGCACUGGUAGUGUCGUCCACGGACGGGCUUGAGCUGAAUGAAUCCAUCGUGAUCGCUGGCGGCGGGCAUUCAGAAAUACAUAGAAUCGUGAGCUUUGGAGCUAUGAACCGCUUGCAGAGCGGGUCCGGCAUCCUCGUGGUGGACCCGCCAACGACGGAUCCGCUGCCCGCGGGUUCAGAAGUUUCGCCAGCAACACCUGCACCCACACCUGCACCUACGCCCUCGGCACAGGGAGGAGCAUCGGGCACAGCAUCGGUUCCCACACCUGCACCCACAGCGGCGCCGACGAUCAGGGUCUCCGCGUCCGGCGAUCCACAUAUGGUCAACGUGCAUGGGCAGCGGUUCGACAUCCUCAGGCCCGGCAUCCACGUGCUGCUCCAGCUCCCCCGGGGGAUGGAGACCGAUUUCUUGCUCCGCGUGGAGGCCCAGGCCGUGCAACUCGGGGGCGCGUGCGCGGACAUCUACUUCCAGGCCCUCAACCUGACUGGCGGGUGGGUGCGAGAUGCGCACGGCCAGCACACCAGGCACGGCGCCAUCAGGUACCACGCGGACCACCCCGUCGGGAUCAAUGGGCACGGAACCGACUGGAUGACUUUCGGCAAGGUCGAUCUGAAGGUGGUCUGGGGCCACACGAAGAGCGGGCUUAGGUACCUCAACAUGUUCGCGAGGCGCCUCUCCAAGGCUGGGGUGCCGAUCGGCGGCCUCCUCGGCCUGGACGACCACACAGCGGCGUCCACCCCGAGCCUAAGGUGCAAGCGAACCAUGACGUUGCUGAGCCUGCUGGAGACACAGCCCUGAGGCCCGAGGGGGCUACGCUAAUUCAGUAGGUGGCCUUCCGUCGUGGUCUGCUGGACUCCCGCAGGAGAAGCGUUCAGCCCCUGGCCGUCAGAGUGGCCAGCCGACCAGGACCCUCCGCGAGUUUUGGCUGGCGCCGUCACCUUCGCUUAUUGCAUGGAUAAGACUUGUCGCAGUUGGUGGCUCGCUGCCCAGAUUUGACAGCCGUGUCACUGGAAGACA